AUGAGUUAUGUUGACUUGAGCGGCUACAAAAUACCUAAAAAUGUAUUUGACGCGCUAUGUCCAUUCGAGAGGCAUAAGCUGAUGAUGUCCCUUCGAUUAUUAGAAAAAGAAAAAAAAGAAAAUAAGAAUGAACAGUAUUUAAAUGAUUAUGAUAUUCUGAAGAAAAAAUACAAUUUCAUACAUGAUGUGUCAAACGAGAAAAAUUCCCUUUUGCAAAGAUACUAUAACAGCAUAUGUAACAAAUAUGUUAUAUGCGAUCUGACAAAGUACAAAGAAACUAAAAUAGGAUUAAGGUGGAGAACAGAAGAAGAAAUAAUUAACGGUAAAGGACAUAUAAUUUGCUCCUCUAAAAAAUGCAAUAAUACAGACUUGAAGACGUACGAGUUUUUGUUUCAAUAUGUCGAGGGGGAAAUUACAAAGGAGGUGAUAAAAACAGAUAUUCUCCCAUAUAUGUGUGUAAAUUUUCAAGUGUUUGUACAUUUGUACGUGUUUACAAAUGUAAAAGUGAGGGCAUGUAUGGAUUGCGCAUAUAAAUUACAUUACAGGAAAAUUAAAAAAUACUUAAAAAAAAAAGAAAAAAAAAAAUUAUCAAGGGAACAUAGAAAAAAGGAAAAGGACAGAGAAAGGAAUAAAGAAGUGCAAAAGGAAAAAGAUAAAGAAAAGGAAAAUCGAAAGAAAAGAAAUAAGAACGAAGAUCGCAGUAGUGAGAGUAACCAUUCUUUAUCUAUGCCCCCUGAAAACCGAUCAAUAUUAAGAGAAAAAAAAAUAUACUAUGUUAAAAAGAAGCUUGAAAAAAUCUCUCUAAAAAAUAAAGAAGACAAGAAUGAAGAAAAUAUACAUUUCCAUGAUUUAUUAUUUUAA